AGGCUAAUAACAAAAACUUUCUCGAAACACCGGACCCUCCAGACGAAAAACACGAAAGUGCAAAAAAACUGCUGGUGCACACGACAUGUAACUACGGGGAAUUCCCUAAAAGUUAAAGAGCGAGAGUCAGGGGCGCGGUUACGCGGUUUUCGUUUUCUUCAUCUUUUAUUUUAUUAACUUGACAUUGAUUGAAGACUGUAAACAAGGAAAUUGACUUCACAUGGCAGUGCGCACACUGAUCUUUGUCGUUUAUUUAGCAAAAUCGUCAUAAUAGCCUAGAUUAAAGAAAGUAUCUAGGACUUAGGAGACUAGGGCUAUAGCCUAGGCUAUCGACUAUAAUUGUAAACGGACUGCACUGCACUGUGGAGUGUCUGUGGCUGAACAUUGCUGUGAGCUAGUGUGAGCUGCUUCAGGCUGCAUGCUAAUUUUGCUAUUCUGUCUGGACUAGGGAAAUAAUGCGAAGAUGAUGAUGGCCUUGAUCAGUUGACAGGAUCAGGACCCACUACCAGUACCACUACGUACUCUGCCAAUGAUCUUGCCAUCUUGAUUUUGGAUGGAUCAUGUGAUGUGAAGUUGAGUUUGAAUAAUUUCAACAGCAACAGGGAUCAUGAAGACUAAGUUGCUUCUAGUACAACUACAAGUGACCGUGUCGGCAGUGUUUUUAGUUAUAAUCCUGCAGCUUGAGCUUACAUCUGGCAGUCUGACCCCAUGUAAUGAUGGACAAUCAUCAGAUCCUCAACCUCCGGAUUGCUUUGAUGAUUGUGAAGGUCUUCGAUUCUUCCUAGAUAGAGAUGGCCUGUGUAAGAUGUGUGUGCAGUGUGAACCUGGAUUUGGACAUAAUAAGUAUUGUGGAGAUGGAGAGAAUGGUGAUGCUGUCUGUGUCCCCUGUCCUGAGGAUCACUACUCCUACAAUCACUAUGACUGUGUGGCUUGCAGAUUAUGUGAAAACACUGUGAUUGAUCAAGAAUGCAGCUUCUCUACUGAUCGUGUGUGUGGAGAGUGCCUCCCUGGGUUUUAUAAAGAUCCACAAAACCCAGAUCUUUGUAAUCAGAAGUGUGAAAAGCUGAGCAAUCCUCGAAUGAUCCCAGCCUGCAAAGUUUGGCUUGAAAAUCAGCAGGUAACGACCGUAGCUACCAUCACAUCUUGGAUGUCAUCACUACCUCUGUAUCCAGAUCACGUGGCUAGAGGUGUGUCUACGAGAGUCGUCAUUAUCAUCAUUCUUCUGGCCGUUGUCCUUAUCGGCGGCAGUGUGAUACCAGUCUAUGUAUGCUAUAAACAUUGCAGAAAUGAUCGAAAACCUUCCUCGGAAACUGUAUUGGGAGAUGUAGAGACUCAUUCGUAUCCAGAUGAGACCCAUGGCAGAGAAGAUCAUGGCUUGUCAGAUAGUGGUAGUAUUGGAGGGAUUGUGAUAGUUGCUAAUAAUCAUACAGGAGUCAAAGCAAUGGUAGUAGACACAGUUCCACUUGUGACAGCUGGUCAAUGUCAAACUCAAGAGCAAACUCUAAGUGGUGGAUCUGGAGAGAAUGUUGAAGAUGAUAAAGAUUGUGAAAAAACAGUCUUAGAGGCCUUCCACAGCGCAAAUGAAAUUAAUUACCCCGAAGGUUCAUCUAUUUUACAGAGGAAAGAGCAUCCUACCUGUGGUAAUUCAGAGAUUCCUUUGCCUUAUGUGAACAAGACCGACUCUGACCAUAAAGUUGUAGAUGACCUGAAGGAAAAUGGGAACAGUUCGAGUGAUUUCCACCCAUUUUUGAAUUCACAUUGCAGGGAUUCUGGAAAACCUCCACUUGAAAUAUCUGAAGGUCUUUGUGUGUCUGACACAUGCGAUCAUCCCUCAAGUUCAAGGAGAUUGGAGCAAGAUAUUGUUAAUGGUCUCGAGACGAGUGAUGGUGGGUCACCAAUAUUUAGUAUAGAAUCUGAUGUUGCUCCAACAAACGUGGGUGGGGGGAGAGAAGAAGAAGGGAAUAGUUGCAAGGCGGUACCUUAUGAAAAACAGACACUACUGUCUGAUGCAACUUUGCAAUGCACAUCAACCAAUGUCAUCGGUCUUGAUGAGGAUAACCUUCAGACGGAGACCUCAGAUUUAGAUGGAGCCCAGAGAAACAACAUGAGGCUAGGGUUUGAAGAAAAUUAUGCAAAGAGAGAAGAACUUGAAUGUCUUCUGCCUGAUCCUGAUAGCAAUUACCAACAUGGAGAAGGCAAGCAAGAAAACUUGAUUGCUUCGGCUAACGCAAAAAAGUCGCAACCCACGAAAGAGAACAGAAAAGAUGAUUCUUCAAAGAACGGUAGCUUCAGAUCUGGGAUGAGUGAAAAUGCCAGAACUCUUAGAAGCAGUGAAGAUAAUGAAAGUGUGCCAUUGCACUUGGGUUCUGGGGAUACCAAAGACAGUUUGGAUGGGCCAGCUAAUGGGGAAGAAGCUGUUGACAGUAGAUCAAGGGAAGAGACUGAUGAAUAUCAGAGACUUCUCCCAGAUAAACAGGAGGAGAAGGUUGGGGGAGAUGUUUCUGGAGGUGAUGGUACAGGAUGGAGGGGGUCGGCUGAAGAAGAAACAAGGAGACCCAGAGAUGGAGAGGGAAAAGAUGCACCUCUUGAAAUGAACCUGGAUUUUCCAGCUCAGCAUGGUAGUAAUGACAAACCACAAAAGUUGAUCCUUAAUAUCACUGGACCAGUAACCAACCUUGUGAUUGGCAAUCAGACUCACAAUUAUAAUAAUGCAGGGCCCCCACAGUAAGGGAAUGAUGUCUAAAUGCGGCUUAUGAGAAUAAUGAUGAAAAGGAGAAGGGUGGGUAGGAAAGGGGAAUGGAGGUAGGAAAAGAGAAAUUGUUGAAAUAUCCAUUGAUCAGAAGUGAAUAUAUUACAGUUUAUGAUUCAAGUGAAGGGGCAAGAGAGAAGCAUUUGAAACUGGUAGGCAGUUCAAUUAUUAUGCAAAUAUGUACAUUCUAUUUUCUUGUUAAAUUUUUGCAUUUCUUGCAAGUGAAAGAAAUAAAUGAAUGGAACUGUGUCGAUUGAGACAACAACAGAAUACUGGAUCAGUGAAUGAAAGUAAUGAAUACUACAUUAUGCAUAAUGAAGUGAAGAAAUAUUCAUGGUUAAUUGAAUUACUUUUUGGUCUAAUUUCAAAGUUUUAUCUGGUGAAUAAAAUUGUUUUGUCUUUCAACUAUGGAUAUAAAUAUUUUUAUCAAAGUGUUGUUACAUUCUAAUAGUAUUUCUAUUGCAGACAGUAUAUGAUUGUAUAGUUUUGAAAUUCUAUAAAGAUGUACAUGUAUAUAGUUUGUAGCUCCUGUUUUUUAACUUAGCUUGCUGCUGAGAAAUGCAAGCUUGCGUAAUAGUUGUGACAUAUAUAUUGAUUAUGUUCGACAUGCCUGGACGUAACAGAAUGAUUGUUAAUCAGCCAUUCCACUUAUCAGGCUAUAAUAUGAUACCUAAGGAACAUAUAUUUUUUAUCAGAGCACAUUAUUUUGUAUUAAAAGGAACAUUCCGGCAAGAUGACGAUCCAGUAAAUUGCCACUUGGUCUACUGACAAAUAAUUUGUCUACUUUUUGUUUGGUUUCAUCUCAGUUGGGCUAAGGACAUUUUAUCAAGAUUACCAGUUGGUCUCCUACCAUUUGGUCUAAUUUUAUUUUGAAAUGAAGACUCUUCAAUCUUACAUAUUCCAAGAGUUGCUUCAAAAAGGCUGUUUAUAUUUGUUAUAAUAUACAUAUUGUAGAGUUGUAUGCAAAGUGCAUAUAGAGCAGCUUUAUUUGAUUAUGCUCUAUAUUAGUUUCAGUUUUUUAUUAUUGCCACUUAGCUUAUUUUGCAUUUUUUCUCAUUCAGUUUCUUCUUUUUUUCUCUCUCUCUCUCUUUUCCAAGAAAAUAGUAUGAAAAAUUUACAUGAAAAUAACAUUAGAAAAAAUUGAAGUAAAACACAAUAUAAUAUCCAUUUACGCUACACCAUUUAUUCUAUAACCCACUUGGUCUGACACCACUUUAGGUGAUGUUGCAAGAAAAUAUUUGCAAUUGCAAAAUUUCUGUUGCAUUUAUUACAAUCGAUAGAUCAAUUUUAUCUGUAGCAAAUCAGAUUACACUCAUUGUUGCAAGAAUCAAUUCAGCAAUCAAUCACAAAUUACAAUUUAUUGCAAGAUAUGCAAUUGAUUUAGAGACCGAAAAUAGACUUGCAAUUGAUCGCAAGUUUCUUGCAACACCCCAUUAGUGUAUGUGAUUAGAUGAACUGUUAAGGGACGCACAAUUAGAUAUUCAGGGGGGGGGGGCUGAAAGUUUUUCCCCCAAAAAAAAUUGACUUGCUAUAUGAGCAAAAAAAAACUUGACUCACCGUCAGAGUAAAAAAAAAACUUGACUCACCAUCAGAGUAAAAAAAAACUUGGUCCACUGACAAAUCAUCUGAAAGGUGCAAAAAAAUGGAGUAAGGAAAAAAAACUUAACUCAAAGAAGAAAGGAAAAAGAAAUUCCAUCAACCCAAACUCCAGCCUCCCCCCCCCCCCCCGGGUAUCUAAUGGUGCUUCCCUAAGGACCAACAUUUUCAUUUGACAAAGUGCCAAAAGGUAAGGAGAUGAAGUGGUAAUUAGACCAUAUAGGCAUUAAAUGAUAUUUAGCCCAAGUGAUGGUUAGACGAAAUGACAAUAAGACCUAGUUGAUAUUAGACCAAAUGGUCUUAGCACAUCAUGUAUUAAGCUCAAGUCCAACCCAGGAAAAUGUUGAUUUGAAUAAAUAGAGAAAAUCAAACUAGCAUGAUGCUGAAAAAUUCAUCAAAUCGGAUGUAAAAUAAGAAAGUUAUGACAUUUUAAAGUUUUGCCUAUUUUUCACAAAACAGUGAUAUGCACAACCCGAUGCUGUCCCUCACUAUUUCUUUUGAUUUUUAUUGUUUGAAUUAUACAAUAUUUCAUUUUUACAGAUUUGACAAUAUGAUCCAAUUUGACUGAACAAUGUAGUUAUAAUUUGAUACUAUUUCCACAUUUACAGGGAGGAAUUAAUCUUUGUUUCACUUGACAAUGAGGAGAAAAUUAGAAUAUUUCAUAUAAUAAAAUACAAAAGAAAUAGUGAGUGGAUGACGUCAUCAGUCUGCUCAUUUGCAUACCGACCCGGAUGUGCAUAUAACUGGUUUUUUUUUAAUUAAGCGAAACUUUAAAAUGUCAUAACUUUCUUAUUUUACAUCCGAUUUUGAUGAAUUUUUCAGUGUUAUGCUCAUUGGAUUUCUAUCUGUUUAUUCCCUUGAACUUUUUGUGGGGUGCCCUUAAAAGAUAUACCAGUUAUGGUAACAAUCUCAAAAUGAGUUAAAACAGAAUCCAAUCAAAUUACCACCCAAGUUUUUGUAUGUAUAAAUCAAAGAUUUGUGCCAAAUGACGGGGAAAAAGUGUAAUUGCUGAGAAAGGAGCAAAAUAAGCAGUGAAUUUGUAUCAAAUGUCAGGUAUUUUUCCAAACAAUAUUAAUACAUUGUCCCCACAUAUGCCUUUUUGUGUUAGUGAUUAUCAGAAUUAUCGGUUUUCAGCUUAGUUUUCUUUAUUUCACAAAGAUAAGUUUAUUUCAAUGUAACAGAACUAGAUAUGUGGCAUUUAACCUUGAUUUUAGAGACUUUCUCAUGAAAUGAUUGUUUGCUGCAACUACUAGAUGCAUUUUUAAUAAGAUAAAGGUAUUGAAAGGUAUUGCGAGAAAAUAGUGAAUAGACUGUCUUUCACUGGAAAGACACAUCAGUGACGGAUAGCAGCAUUCUAGAUAUUUCGAUGAUGUAAUUGUGGGUGUGUGUUUUUUUAACUUACAUUUUUGGUGUCUUUCAUUCAUUUACAUGAUGAUUUUCUAAAUAUUUAUUCAAGAUUUACAGUACUAUAUUUGUAUAUUUUACAAGAAUAUUAUGUUUAUUUUCAAGACAAUGUUUUGCUGGCAAAAGAGAUUUGUAAAUCUUUUUUUUUAUUUUAAAAUAAAAAAAAAAUUAAAAUUCUAUGCUUGAAUAGAGACAUUUUAUAAUGUUUAACUAAGAUUAAAGAUCUUAACAAAAUCAUGCCUUAUUAGUAAAAUAGCUGAAACACUUGGAGAUAAUGAAAAAUAAAUAUAUACUUAAUUUGAAUGUUAAAUUUUGAUAAUUGAAUGGUAUAUUUUAUGUUAAAUUUAACCAAAAUUUGGUUAAUUUUUAUCAAAAUUUCAAUUUGUUUUCGCUUAAGUUACAAGAAAGAAAUUUAAUCAGCGAAACUUUUAAAUUAUUUCCUAGACAAUUUAGGAGAAUGUAUUUUAUGAUUAAUAACAAGACUACAAUUUUUGAAGCAUCAAUAUGAAAUAUAAAUUUUCUGAUAAUGACAAAAUUAAAAGUUAAUUCAUAAUGGUAUCAUGAACUUAUUAAUGGUUUCUCUUCAGCUAAAGUUUGACAAAGCAAUGCAAAAUUUCAAAUUGCCUUGAUAUCCAUGUUUUCAGCUCAUGUUCAGUAAUGAUUUCUGUUUCUUUCAUGACUUUGCUGAUUCAAUUAAACACACAUGUGAAUGAACUUGACCUUCAGGUGAUAUUUCUUAAACUGCUGACACAAUUUUCCAAUCUAUAGAUAUGUUCAUCUACCCAAAGAAAUUUCAACAUUGAACGAGCAUCAAUGCAGGCAUUGUUUAUAAUA